AUGGCUUCGGUAUCGUCCUUGGAUAAGGACUUGCGCAAGAUGCGCCACGACAAGUAUACGCCCGCCGCCGCCAACGAGGCACGCUCGUGGAUUGAAGGCAUACUGGGCGAGCGCCUCUCGGGCAGCGAUCUCCUCGAGGGGCUCAAGGACGGAGUCGCUCUGUGCAAACUCAUCAACCUGGCCGUCGGACCCCCGGGUGUCAAAUUCAAGCAGUCGGCCAUGCCCUUUGUACAGAUGGAGAACAUCUCACAUUUCCUGCGCGCCUGCCAAUCGCCGCCUCUGAACCUACAGGAGCACGACAUGUUUCUGACCGUGGACCUCUACGAGCAGAAGGACCCUACGCAAGUCCUCCAGUGUCUCGGCGCAUUCUCCCGCGCUGCCCAGAAAGUCAACCCUUCACACUUCCCAUCGUCGAUAGGGCCCAAAUCGCGCGGCGCUGUCCUGUCGCCGCAAAGCACCGGCCCCUCGCCCAACCGUACCCGAGGCAUGUCCAAUGUCUCCAACACCUCGUCCAUCUACGGCAACCGCCCAACCCUCGCAUCUACCAAGACCGGCGACUCGGGCUCGGGACGAUGGAGCCCUACGAAGAGCCCCACUAAAAGCCCGACCGGAGAACGUGUGGGGUCACCGGGCGUGAGCAGCUGGAGCAGGCGGAACGACGAGGGGGUUACGAGCCCGGCGUGGAACAUUGCCCAGUAUGGCUACAUGGGCGGUGCGUCGCAGGGCAACCUCGGUAUCGCCUUUGGCGGGCGUCGACAGAUCACUAGCGCCGGUCCGCACGUGCCCAACAUGGCCGAGAAGGAGCGCCGCCGGAAAGAGCAGGAGGCCGAAGCCGAGCGCCAGCGUCUCCAGAUGGAAGAGGAAGAGCGCAUCCGCAAGGCAGAGCUCGAGGCUGAGGAGGAACGCAUGCGACUCGAGGAGGAGAGACGUUGGGAGGAAGAAACCCGACGACAGCGCGAGGAGGAACAGCGCAAAGCCGACGAAGAGAAACGCCGCUGGGAGGAGGAAGAGCGCCAGUGGAGGCUGACGAACGAGAAGCGGCGCCAAGAGGAGGAGGAAGCGGAGGCACGGCUGGCAGAGGAGCGAAAGAAGGCGCGCGCGAGGAGCAAUUCCCAGCUCCAGGGCCAGUUCUUGAGUCAGUACCAGGCGGAACAAGGGAUCGCGCCUCAGAAGUCUGGAGGUGGAUAUACGAGCCGUGUGCAGGAGCUGGAGCAUGAGCUAGAGCUUGCACGCCAGCGAGAGCGCGAGUACGAAGAGGAGCGGGAUCGCCGGGGCCGUGGCGAUGCGAAGAGCCGAGCCCGCUCUCGAAGCAGGCCGAAGCUGCCCAGCCGGCCACCGAGCAGACAGGACUCUUGGUCCCGCGAUGAACGUGAGGUCCUCAAAACCCAGUGGGAUCGUCACCAGGAGCAGAUCGGUACUUCGGCUCCCGCUGCCAACUUCCCAGCGCGGCCACUUCCGGAUCCCAGAGCUAGCUCACCGUUAAAACCUCAGCGUACCGGCGAAUCACCCGCACUGCCCCUGAGGCCCCAGCGUACUGGUGAACUCCCAGCGUUGCCCGUGAAACCCCAACGAACGGGCGACGCACCGCCACUGCCUCUGAAACCGCAGCGAACGGGCGAGGCUAGACCCCUUCCCGUGCCUGAGAAGCCUAGGAACCUACCUACAGGCGGUUACGGUGCAAAACCUGCCAAGUCGCCUGGGCCUUUUGGUGCGUCUAACUCACGGCCGUUGCCAACCCCGUCUCCGGCAAGUAGGACCGACCGCUUCCUGGCUUCUAACCCGGCUCCCGCUCCCCCUGCCAACAAACCGACGUAUUCGCGCGAGCUGGGUGCCACGGCGGAGCAAGACGCUGAGGACCGGCGGCGGAUGCAGUCCCAGACCAAGACCAAGGCCGGCGGCUGGGCCGGCAAGUCCCUCCUGGAGCGCGAGAUGGAGAUGGAGCGCCAGCGCCAGCAGGAGUGGGAGGAGGCCCAGAAGGAGACGGCCCAGGCCGUGCGCGCGGGCGACGGCGUCGACGGCAUCGGUGGCGGCGUGGGCGGCCGCUGGGACGUCGGCCAGUGGAGCGGCUACACGGGCGGCGACAGCCAGAACAAGGGCAGCGCCGGCAUCGGCGCCGGCCGGAGGCAGAUCGUCGGCCCGCGCCCGUUGCCCGGGAGGCCGUGA